CCCGCCGCUCACCCGGCUGUCCCCGCAGACCUGGCCGACUGUAAGCUGGUGGCUUUCCCCGCCGGCAUCUACAAGGCGGUGCGCAGCGUCACGCAGGGCAUCCACCGCAUCUCGCUGGCUAACAACGAGCUGAAGGCUCUCGGCGCACGCUUCGCCAUCACCUUCAGCCAGCUGCGAGAACUCAACCUGGAGGGCAACCUCCUGCACCGCCUGCCCCAGGAGCUGGGCUCCCUGCUGCACCUGCGUACCAUCAACCUCGCCCGCAACAAGUUCCGGCACUUCCCCGAGCCCCUGGCGGCUGCCCCUGCACUGGAGAGCAUCAACCUGGAAGGGAACGAGAUCGCAGAGGUGCCAACAGAGGCACUGGCCACCAUGUCCUCACUGCGGAGCCUCAACCUGCGUGCCAACCCUGUGUGCCCUGCUGUACGCCUGCUCGUCCAGCCCCUGGUCCCCUUUGAGCUGCUGCUGUCACCUGAGGGCAACGUCCCCACAGCCUGACAUGACCCUGCUGCUGCCCGGCGCCUGGAGGAGUGCUCCCUGGCCCAUGAGCUCCCCAUGGCUUCCAGCUGCUGGCACGAUGUGCCCAAUGCCUGAUUAAAUGUGUGAUGUGCAUUGUG